AUGCCGCGUCACCAUCAUCUCCUCCGUCGACAUCCCGCGCCAGACACCUCCUCCCCCUCCGACAACACCACCCCCCACCACGCACCGCAACAACCGCCCCCGGCGCCCCAACGCGCCAGUCGCUCGCGCCUCGGCCACCACGCGCAAUUCCAGACCCCUCCCUCCCAAGGCCUCUCGAUCCCCACGCUUUACCCUUCCUCUGGAACCUUUGACCCCGAUCAUCCCCUCCAGAGCCACCCCAGCCAGCAUGCAGCUCCUCACCCCGCCGCAACCGCCGCCCUGUUCUCCCUCUUCGGACGCGGUGUGCAUGGCCGUCCGCCCAAUCAUCCAGCGGACCAGAUGAUGGACGAUGAGGAGGUUGAUGAGGAGGACGAAGAAGACGAUGAAGACGCCAUUCCGGAAGAAUAUGACGGUGUAGGAUUCAGCCAUGAGACAACACUCAGUUCUAUUGCCCAUCAGCGUACCCGGCACCGACAGCGUCAAUUUCAGCGCUCUAUUUCGGAAGAGGACGGUAUGCUUCCCGCUCAUGAUGUGGAUGUGGAAGGUCCAUCUGACAUCGAGGAAGAAGUGGAACAUGAUGAGCAGGUCGAGGUGGACGAAGAGGAUGAAGAGGGUGUGGAGAUUGAGCCUGAAGCUGGUAGCGAGUCCGAGAUGCUACAUGAACGCGAAAAAUCCCCAACUCCCCUCCCAGCUAACCUCCGCGAAAUCUCCUCCCUAGCUAGCUGGACCGUCUCGACUCAUAAACCCGGCUGCGGCGUGACUGCCCUCCGUCACCCCUCGCCGACGCAGUACUGGCAAUCCGACGGACCGCAGCCGCAUACCCUCACUUUACACUUCUUCAAGUUGGUGGCUAUUGUGCGCAUCCGCGUGUAUUUGGAUUUCGAGAUGGAUGAGAGUUAUACGCCCACCAAGAUGACGUUCCUGGCAGGCAUGGGCGGGAAUGAUCUGGUCGAGUUUGCCAAUUGGGAGGGUGAGGGGCCGUGUGGAUGGGUUGAUGUGGAAUUGGAGGGCGUUGGUGGGAGGAGUGGAGGGUGGGUUACUACUGAUGCGCAGAAGCAAGGUGGUGGAGCUGGAGGGAAGAAGAAGAAGUCGGGAAGGAGGAGGAAGGGAAAGGGGAAGAGGAGGGGCGGGUUUAUAUUUGAGGAUCCUGAUGUUGAUGUGGAUGAGGAUGAGGAUGAAGAUGACGAUGAAGACGAGGAGGAUGAUCCGUAUGCGGGCAAUGUGCUCAAAGCCAUGGUCAUUCAGAUGCGGAUUAUCGAGAAUCACCAAAACGGCAAAGAUACGCAUGUGCGCGGCUUCCAGGUGUUUGCGAGAGAUGAUGAGAGAAAGAGGGUGGGUAAUGCGCCGUCUGCGUCGGCGGAUGGUCGUGUCCGGAGACACAGUGCUAGACGGUCGUUGAGGGCUAGUACGCAGGAAGAUUUGGAGCGUGAUGGUGUUUCCAAGGUGGUGACGAGUCUGGAGGAGCCGGAUUGGAUGGGCGAGCCUGUCAUUCGGUAA